CACCUACAAAAGAAGUGUACCGCACAGCCGUAACCUUCACAUUUCGCCACGAUUUCGCCCACAAUGAACGUCAUCGCUAUCCUGCUGAGCCUGCUCACCACUCUAGCUAGAUCGACAGGCAGUAAACAGACUGUGAAUGCAAACGCACAAGCAGUCAUUCUCGACAACAGAGACUAUAGCGUAACAUGUGCUAGUGAUGAUUCCCGCGUCACUUUGCUGUGGAAGAGAGAACUGCCGAGAAUACUGAACGGCGGCGUUCAUGUAGCCGGCUGUACGGACGUACAAUCUCUCAAAUCGGGGCAGGUGUGCGUGGAGAAAGGAAAAGGAGAGGCAACGUUGAGGUUUGGCGCGAUAACUUUCGACUCUGCUGGAGUUUUCGUCUGCUGUCGGAAAGAUGGGAAGGAUGUUGACGUCAUAAGAACUAUCAACGUCACAGUGUCGGCCCCGCCUACACGUACAGCCUCAGGCCUAUCAAAUGUCCAAGCGACCGCACACCACUUGCUUUCAAAAGAAGACGGUCAGAUGGUCGUUGACGAGAAAGCUGGUCGCACACCCGGGAGCCACACCCACACAGAAGGCGACGAAGUGCUGCAGAUCGGACUGGUUGCGGUUCUCCUUUGUCUGUCACUAGUCACGACGCUUUUCUGGAUUUCCAUGAUUAUCUUGUUUUGUUGCUGUAAAAAUCGGCACGUUUCCGACAGCUCGCUCCACGCUGUGGUCGCAGUGUGAAUGCAUUGUGGCAGUCGAAAACGACACAAUUAGGUACUACAGUUCAGUAACUGAAAUAGAUAGUGUUGGCCGAGCUAGCGUACAUUUUUUCGUAUUUUUAAAUGAAUUAUCUAUUUAUGACCAAUAAAUGUUAGUUGUUGUCCGUGAAA